AUGGCCAAAAUAUUGAAUUUUUUGCGAACUAUACAAAAUAAUUGGAAAAAAUCUGUUGUGGGAUGUGCAGCUGUAUCAUAUGGAUUUUCAUAUAGUAAGGAAGUAUACGAUAUUAAUCAAUUAAUGAGACAACAUUGUGAAAGUAUAUCACAAUAUGGCGAUUUUCCACUUCCAACAAAUAUAAAACCACGUCAUGUUACCAUUAUUUUAAAUCCAGCUGCUAAAAAAGGGAAAGCAAAAAAAUUAUUUGAGAAAUAUUGCGAGCCACUUUUACAUUUAGCUGGAAUUGCUGUAACUAUAAUACAGACAGAGUCACAAAAUGAUGCUCGUAAAAUCAUAAUGAAUCUAAAUACUCCUACUGAUGCUAUUAUAGUUGCAGGAGGUGAUGGUACUUUAUCCGAUGUUUUAACUGGAUUAGUAAGGAAAUAUGAUCUCAAUCUUAACUCAGUUAAACAAUGUCCUAUUGGUAUUUUACCAUUGGGACAAACAAACAAAAUUGCAAAAUCUUUAUAUCAUGAGUAUGAUAAUUUGUCUAAUAUAAAACAAAUGAUAGAGGCAACAAUGGCAAUCAUACAUGAGGAAUGUAAAAUAAUGGAUAUGAUUGAAGUUAAACCUAUUGAAGAUAAUCCUGAAGAACCAGUAAAACCAAUUUAUGCCAUGGGAGCAGUUGAAUGGGGUGCAUGGAAAGAUGCAAAUGCUUCUGCUAAUAAAUAUUGGUACUGGGGAUUUUUAAGAAAAUAUGUGACUUAUAUAUUUAAUGGUUCUAAAGAAAAUUUAAAUAAAUAUUGCGAUGCAAUAUUAAAAUAUACACUUCCUUGCGAAGGUUGUUCUCGUUGUAGUCAAAACAAUUUAAUUUCCAACUUAAAUACAAGGUGGUGGCAUGUAUUUCUACCAAGAAGCACUAUUACUAGAGAUAUUAUUGAUUUUAAUAAAAGAAUAAACGAAGAAUGUGCUAUUCUUCAUGAACUACCUGUAUCAACUUGUGAAUUGCAUAUAGAAACUUCUAAUAUAGACAAGUCAAUAGUUGAAUUAUCACCAUCAUCUUUAAAAGUGAAAAUUGGUCCAGAGGAUGUUAAUUAUUUUUCCUUUGUGUCUAAAGGUUGGAAAAAAGAACAAACUAAUAAAUCACUAUGUAAUCAAAUAGUGGAAGCAAAAAAAAUUGAAUUAACUCCACGAAAGGUCGAUAAAAACUAUACAUUAUAUAUCGAUAAUGAAGAGUAUGAACUAAAACCCGUUGAAAUUAAAUUGCUUUCACGAGCGGUAAAAGUAUUUUGUCCUCAAUUGAACAGUUAA